AUGGCGUCCGCGACCCGAGACCAAGUCCAGAGGGCAGCCAUGCUCGCAAGUGUCUCCGGACGUUCGUUUGAGGACAUCAAGUUCUGGGCUUUCUCCCGCCGAUCCUACACCGGCGUCGUCGACAAGCCGCUUCCGUUGCUAGCCAACAGUGGGCUGCUACACAAGGUUACGGACCACUUCAAAUUUGUCCUUUCUACGGGUUUCGCAGAGGGUGGUAUUGUGGAGAUGGAAUCCCCAUUCCCGUCGACGCGUUCCUCCAGUUCGGACAUGUACGACUAUGCCUCCGACAGUGAUCUCGAAGACGAAGACGAAGACGAUUUCGAGGGGGUAUCCCAGGAUGAAAACUCGGACGACGGCAAAGAGCACAAAGAGGAGGGCUCUGGCAUAGGUCGGAAUGUCGCAGCUAUCAGAAAACCGGGUCGCGUGGUCCAUGUGGAGGACGUUGCGUACCAUACCCUCAAAGCGUUCAUCUUCUGGGCCUACUACGAGGAGAUCAAUUUCGCUCCGCUCAAGUCACAGCAGAAGAUGUUGCCCACAGAACAGAACGCGUACAACGCGCCGUUCUGCUCCCCAAAAUCCAUGUAUCGUCUCGCUCAUAGAUACGAUGUCCCGAGGCUGAAGGAGCUCGCUCUCAACGACAUCCGCUCCAAGCUCACGCACGAGAACAUCCUCGAAGAACUCUUAUCCAAUUUCACGAUGCUAUAUCCUGAUGUUCGCAACAUCGAGAUACAAUUUCUUCGCACCUGCAUGAACCAAGAGACCAUCCGGAGACGCCUGCCCUCGUGGAUCGAAGCCAUGGAGAAGGGAGAGCUACCAAGAGGAGCAGCGGGAGUUGUGUCAGCGUUGUUGGGCUGCGCAUGA